AACAGCCCCUUUGCGACCCAUGGUUUUGACGAGAUCCAACGAGCCCCUCAAACCGGCUCCGAGUCCAGCUCUGAUAAUACCACGGCUCGGUUUGAUUAUUUACUAAUCUGUCUUUAAAACCUACUCUGAUAGUUUGUCUAUUGCCCACACUCUCCUGCCCUUCCCAUACCUUUGCUUGCUUCGACUUUUCAAUUUGGACACUUCUUUUGCUUUCUCUUUUGUGUUGGGAAAAUAAAAAAUAAAAAAAAAAGACUAUCAGUUUGCUACCUUUAGUCCGCCUGACUCUGUCUCUCUCUGUCUUUUAUCUUUUCCAGUCUCCUGCAUUUUGAAUCUCAAAUCAGAGAACUGAUAGAAGUUAUCAAAUCCGACGCCAUGGAAGUAGACGACAAGCUUUUGAACAUGGGUAUUCUCAUAAUAGCAACUCUAGUAGUGGCCAAGCUCAUAUCUGUCCUCAUAAUGCCUAGAUCUAGGAAGCGGGUGCCGCCAGAAAUCAAAACCUGGCCUGUAAUUGGCGGGCUCCUUCGAUUCAUGAAGGGGCCCAUCGUGAUGCUCCGGGAGGAGUACCCAAAGCUUGGCAGUGUUUUCACGUUGAACUUGUUUAACAAGAAGAUAACUUUCUUGAUUGGGCCUGAGGUUUCAGCACACUUCUUUAAGGCUUCAGAAUCAGACCUCAGCCAGCAGGAAGUUUAUCAGUUCAAUGUGCCGACUUUUGGUCCCGGUGUGGUGUUUGAUGUGGAUUACUCAAUAAGGCAAGAGCAGUUCCGGUUCUUUACGGAGGCCCUAAGAGUUAAUAAACUUAAGGGCUAUGUUGAUCAGAUGGUUACAGAAGCUGAGGAAUACUUCUCAAAAUGGGGUGAUAGUGGUGAGGUGGACCUCAAGUAUGAGCUGGAGCAUCUGAUUAUCUUGACUGCUAGUAGGUGUCUCUUGGGUCAAGAAGUUCGUGAUAAGCUUUUUGAUGAUGUGUCUGCACUCUUCCAUGAUCUUGACAAUGGCAUGCUCCCUAUCAGUGUUAUCUUCCCUUACCUGCCAAUCCCUGCUCAUCACCGUCGCGACCGAGCUCGAAGGAAGCUUGCAGAAAUCUUUGCGAAUAUCAUUGCUUCACGUAAAAGUGCUGGCAAGUCAGAAAACGACAUGUUGCAAUAUUUCAUUGAGUCUAAGUAUAAAGAUGGUCGUCCGACUACUGAGGCUGAAGUAACUGGCUUGCUCAUUGCUGCUCUCUUUGCUGGGCAGCAUACCAGUUCCAUCACCUCUACUUGGACUGGUGCAUAUCUCCUCCGUCAUAAGGAGUUUCUAUCUGCUGUGCAGGAGGAGCAGAAACUACUAAUGCAAAAGCAUGGAAGCAAGGUUGAUCACGAUAUCUUAUCUGAGAUGGACACUUUGUAUCGAUGCAUUAAAGAAGCCCUGAGACUUCACCCCCCAUUGAUUAUGCUUCUACGCAGCUCACACAGUGAUUUUAGUGUAAAAACCCGAGAAGGGAAAGAGUAUGACAUCCCGAAGGGUCACAUUGUUGCAACAUCACCAGCUUUUGCAAAUAGGCUUCCUUACAUUUACAAGGAUCCAGACACGUAUGAUCCUGAUAGAUUCUCCGUUGGGAGGGAAGAAGACAAGGCAGCAGGGGCUUUCUCAUAUAUUUCCUUCGGAGGCGGCAGGCAUGGUUGCCUUGGUGAACCGUUUGCUUACCUUCAGAUAAAGGCUAUAUGGAGCCAUUUGUUGAGGAACUUUGAAUUGGAGCUUGUGUCACCUUUCCCUGAGAUUGACUGGAAUGCUAUGGUGGUAGGUGUGAAAGGAAAGGUGAUGGUUCAUUACAAGCGGCGACAGCUUUCUGUCAAUUAAGGUUUGUGGGUAAACUAGCAGUUCAAAUUUAUUUUCUUUAAUGUGUUUUUGAUCUUUUUUGUUCUGUUUUUAAGCUUUGGUUUAUUUCUGUUAACUAGAUCAUUCUCUGGAUUCAAUUUUCUAAUGGUUUUUGUCUAUUGCUAUAAUAUUUAUGAUUAGUUUAUGAGCAAUGAUCUGUACUUGUGUACGAUUCCUUUUUGAAGCAAUGAAGUUUUUGUAAUCUUGAUAUCAAUCCGAAAGCACUUCAUGAUUCUGCUUUAUUGUGUCUUGAUUUUUUUUUCAGCACUCAUGACCUUACUUCAGAGAAUUAGAUAGCCUAAUAAAAAAGACCAUCCUAGGUCGGGCUGUGUAGGCGAGUAAUUCUUAAUUGCCUUGUGCGAGGGUUGCAAGUUUUUCAGCUUUCAACGUUAUCUGAAUUUAAGACGGCCAAAUGACCAUUCCAAGGGGCUAGGCUAUCUAUCUAGAUUGCUUAUUGCGCCCAUAGUUGAUAUAUUUACAUCACCAUCUAUCUCCCAAGGUAUCUCAACUCUCAACUGCUGAUUUUGCUCAGCAGGUUAACAGUCAAGCUCAUGAAACUGUAAUGCAAGCAAAGCGCUUAAAAAUUUUUAAAACAAUGUCAAUUGCAGCAUGUGGAAAAUGGUUAACUGAUUGUAUUCUAUGAGUGACCCUGGAUAUGAACAUAAUCAUGGGUGCAACCUGAGUCGAGUUAGUUGGCCUUCAUCCUUGGCCUUCUUCGCACUGCUAAUGCUGGCACGAGUUCAAAGAAGCUUAUCCUUUCUUAAUAAUGAUGGGGAUUAUAACUGGAGGCAUGAAAUAAAAAUUUUGAUCUGCCAAACAGGACAGGCAAGGCAGCAAAUUGAAAAUGCAUCAUUAGUUAAAGAUCUAUAUUCCAUAAACGUCUGACUCGAACAGUUUUGUGUGAGAGAUGGGA